AUGCCCAGAAGUGCGUAGACGCUCCCGCCAGCUCCUGUCUGCGGAAGACUCUCCACUGCGCCACCCAUGGAGCGCAUCGAGGGGGUGGCCGUGGGCCUCUGUUCCCGCUCGCCCUACCUGCGGCCUCUCAGGCUGCACUACCGCCAGGACGGUGUCCAGAAGUCCUGGGACUUCAUGAAAACACAUGACAGUGUGACCAUUCUCAUGUUCAACUCCUCUCAGAGAAGCCUGGUGUUGGUGAAGCAGUUCCGGCCAGCUGUAUAUGCAGGCGAGGUGGAGCGCCUCUUCCCAGGGUCUCUGGCAGCUGUGGACCAGGACCAGCCCCAGAAACUUCAGCCAGCACUGCCUGGCUCAGUGGGAGUGAUGGUGGAACUCUGUGCCGGCAUUGUGGACCAACCUGGGCUCUCACUAGAAGAAGUGGCCUGCAAGGAGGCUUGGGAAGAGUGUGGCUAUCGCCUGGACCCCACCGACCUGCGCCAAAUUGCCACGUACAUGGAAGGGUCCCUAGGCAUGUGGUGUGUGUCCAGGAGCUGAAUACAGGGAGGCACAGUGAUCCAGCUUCACCUUGAUGGUCCCAGGACAGGAGUAUAUCCAGCCACUGCCAUCUAUGCCCUGCCCUUACAUCCUGCAGCUGCCUAAUGCCCACCAUCGGAAUCCCAUGACCCUCAGGAUUGCCCUUGGGUGUUCGCUGUCUGACGGGCAGAGUGGGGGAGGGCUCUGGAGGGCAGGAGGAUGGGUUAGGAGUCAGGGCACCUGGGCUUGGGUAAAGUCCAGUCCCUCACUCUGAUCUGCAGCCUGGCGGGCAGGUCAGCCGGCACCAGUGCUGGGCCUAAUGGAGCUGGCAUCGAUUUCCCGGCUUGGGGUGGGGGGGCUGUAACCGGAAACUCCCCUCCCUGGCCGCUAUAUUUAGCAUCACAGGACAUGGGCGGAAGCAUAGCUCACUCCUGAGCCCAGCCAGCUCCGUCCAAAUCCUGGGCUGCCUCAUCCUCCAGCCUGGUCCUGAGGCCCCUCUGUGCCUGUCCAGCUCAAGCUAAGCACCCAUUCAGAACAGGCCCAGACCUCAAGUGUUAGGGAUCUUGGCGAGAGCCACCAGGCGGGAGUCAGUCAUGCCCAGUGGGUGAUGAAGGCCUUCCUGAACAGGCAGAGCAGCUGACCCCACAGGGUCAGGUCAGGGUUUCUGAGCCCCCAAGUAUACUGGGAGCAGCAUGAAGGCAAGCAUUAGGUUUGAAGGGUGUGUGAGGCAACAGUUCUCCACGUGCAGGUCCAUCUGCCCCUGGCAAUUCUGCCUGAAAGCUGCCGAAAUCAGUGCAGGGCGGGGGUUUUCAGGGGAGGUCCCACUCAAUGCAAGUGGCCACCUUCCACACCUUCAGCAUCUGCUGGUCACCAUCAGGUAAGGUGGUGGUGCCCAGGAGGAGGAAGAGGAGGUCAUCACCAUUGUGGUGAUGACACCUGGUCAUGGCAGGUGUCAUCCAGGUAUUGAAUAUACUGCCCUGAUAGUCACCAGCUGUUCUAACCAAGGAGACCCAGGUCUCCCUGUUCUCCAAGGCAUGCUGUUGGACAGACCCCCUCGGAGCCUGUGUACCUACAAGGUAAGUCCUGUGUCUUGGCCUGAUGAAGAAUCCUUCCCUGAGCCACUGCACCCACAGUUCUGAGCAAGGGGGUGGGAGUAGGCUGAGUCAGUCACACAGAAGUCCAUGUCAGCACACCGUGGCUCUGCCUGCUGGCCUGUCCUCCCACAGCUACCUGACAGCAGGAAACAGGGAGGCACACAGAGAUGGGCUGCAGGGUUAUCCCUGGGUUCUAUUUCAUGCUGAGCUCCCCCCGCCCCAGCCCCUGCACUGCCUGGACACCCCAGACACUGUCCUAGACACCUGUGCCUCUCAACAGCACCGUGCCAUCACCCUGACCUCCCCUUACACCCCUCCAGGCCGCUGUCAGGGAUCUUGAUGAAAAUGUAAGUCGUGGUGUGACACAGCCAUCCAGGCUCUUUGUGACUUCCCACUGGUAUCGGCAGGAAGACUGCAGUAUUACCACCCACCUUGGUUUGGAUAUUUUGUCCUCAUAAGCCCUUGUCAGGUUCUUUGAGCCCCAGAACCUUAGCGUGUUAUUCCUUUUCCUCACCUUGCUGCCCCACCCUCUGGGUCUCAUGGGGCGUGGGAGUGGGGGUGUGUGGAGGCACCUGGUUUUAGACUCUUUUACGGUUUGCUGGUCUACAAUAUAUCAUCCACCCUUAGAGAGGUCCCUGCAGGUAGGUCAGGGCUGUGGCUGCCUAGUUCACAGCUUUGCUGGGUGCCUCAAAGAGAUGGUGAACAUAGGCAAGCUGGGAAAGCUAAGGCUCUUGUGUCCUCUGUGGCCUCCCUGUCUCCAGGCCGGAGAGAAAGUGAGGCUGAAUCUGCAAAGGGAUUGUCUUCUUUAAAGAUGCAAACAUCGGGAAGACUCUUGACACACUCCAAUUCCCUUAUUUGGUGGGUGUCCCUGUGUGUAGCCAGGCCUGGCUUGUCAUGCCCCCCAACUAGCCUACCUGCCUGUGGUCUUCCUGGGCUCAGGCUGGGGUGGGAGCACUCUGAGUGUGCAGAGCCAGGUAUGGGGGAUGCUGGCCCAACCUUGCAGGCCUGCUGCUUCUGCAGGAGAUUUUGGAGAGGCAUUGGACACUGGUGGGACAGGUGCACUGCUCAAGGCAUUCCCAGGGCUUGGCUCCCUGUGUAGGUUGCCAGGCAAUAUCCAGGAGGCAAGGUAGUAUCCCUGGUCCACUUCUACUGUGCCUCUGAUUCACCAGUAUCAGAAUUUCCCCCUCCCCCAGUAAGUCCUCUGGCAGUGACUUGGUCCAGUCGGGGAAACCUGGGAGAGGAUCCUUGGAGAAAGGACAACCCAGCUAUUGUGGGGUUUUGAAGGGCAGGGUAACACAUCACCACCUCAAGUAUGGGGAUUUCUAAUCACUGGGGUUACCACUGGCACUGGAAAGGGCUCUGCUGAGUGGAACAGAGGCCGUUUGUAGACGAAGAACCCUUGGUAUUGACAUGCGGAGGAGGUGAUCACCUAGGAACAGGCUUAAGAGAUGGUAGUGGAGGGUUGGGAUUCCCAGAUUGCUGGAAAAUCCUCUUUGGGUAGCUCUCUUGAUAUGGACCACUGUCCUUUAUUCCCAUUUCCUUUCCCCCAAAUUUGGACCUCUGGCCGGCGAGUUCCUUGAAGAUAAGAGUCUGGCGACGUCCACCUCCUAAACAGCCUGCAGGAAGGAGCAUUUGUUGACUGGCUACUCAACCUGUGCGCUUGGAGGAGGGGAGGGCUGGGCGUCGGAGGGGAGCAGCGCCCCCUGUAGCCUGCGUGGAGGUGGCAGGAGGCUGAGGAGCGGGGGAGAUUCCUCGGGGAAGGGGGCGCACCAGGAGUUGGGCUCAUUCAGGUCCCAGGGCCCCAUCCGCCCUGCAUGGGGGCAAAAUCCUGAUGCGUACAUCAGGCAGCAUCUCCUUUGGGACCAAGAGCAGAGCGAGAGUGGCUGCGCUCUGAUGGGAGGGGACCAUGACGGUGACCUCAGGGGGCGCCCCACUCCCAGGCUGCUAACCCGGGGGAGAAUUCUAGAGGAGAAGAGGCCACACCUCAGCGAGCCUGGGCACAAGAGAAGCCACUGCGUGGUGGCCCCGCGCCCCGCCGCCCCGCGCGGAGACCGCGCCCUCGCCUCCUUUAAAGCCCGGGGCGCCCCCAGCACCCCCCCACAGCCCCACCCCACGGCGAGGCCCCGCCCCCUCAUGAAUAUGCAGGUGCGCGGGUGACGAAUGGGCGAGCGAGCUGUCAGUCUCGUCCCGAACUUGUUGGCUGCGGUGCCGGGAGCGCGGGCGCGCAGA